ACAAUAUUGCAUAAAAAUAUACUCAUGCUGCAUUAAUUGAAAAAUGGUUCAAAAUACAAAUCUUUAUGCAUGAACUUUUUUUCCAAAUUCUCUGAAGUUCUUCCUACUGCUCUGACAUAGCUUUGAUAGAUAUUUCAUCACUAAUAAGAACAUGUGAACAAGAACCAAAUACUAACAUGAUUCCCUCAGCUCAAAUUAUGAGAAAAUGCAGUGUUGUACUGCACAAACUCUCUGAUGGAGAGGGGCUGUCAGGGGCUGAUGUCUGGACAGUCAGGAGGGGCUGGUGUCCUGAGCAGAGCCUCACUCACGUGUCUACUGGUGGCAGCAAACUCAAAUCAGAGGCCAAUGAGACCAGUGACUCGCCUGUACUGCAAAAAGUGAGCUCUGUUUACAUUAAAGGGGAACCUGAAAGUGAAGAAGAUGAAAUAACAGUGAAGGAGGAGCCAAUUUGCAUUGAUGAAAAUGAGCCAACUCCACCUCCCCCACCAUGCGUGCCAUGCAAGAAGGAAGCUGAUGUCACUGCACACAAGGCUCAACAAGAUGGCUUACAGGACAUGGCUGUUCAGCUUGAGGAACAGGACGGUAUGCUGUGCAAGGUUCACGUCAAUGCUGGCCAGGAAGCACCAAAGACUGCUUUUCAUGGAAAAAUGGAUGGAGAAAUGUCUGACAUUAAAGGGGUUAUAUCUUCUGAUUCUGAAGUGAAAUUGCAUCCAACUCCUGAACGAGGUACUUACAAACAUCUUGUAAAGAGGCAAGUGUUUGCUAAGCAUGGUUUGGGGAAGAGAUUCCAAUGCAAGAUCUGUGAUUAUGUUGCUUCUCAAAAACUACACCUCAAAUGCCACAUGAUCUCAAAGCAUAAAAUUGGACCUGGACGCCAAUGCAAGAUUUGUGAUUAUGUUGGUGCUAUGGAAAUUCACCUCAAAAAACACUUGUUUUCAAAACAUGGUAUAGGAACUGGGAUCCAAUGCAAGAUGUGUGAUUAUUCCACUACUCAGAAACAGUUCCUCAAAUCCCACAUGUUUUCAAAGCAUCGUAUAGGAGAUGGCUUCCAAUGCAAGAUGUGUGAUUUUGUCACUGCUCAUAAAUAUCGCCUCAAAAGCCACUUGUUUUCAAAACAUGGUAUAGGAACUUGGUUCCCAUGCAAGAUGUGCGAUCAUGUUGCUCAUCAGAAAGAGCACCUCAAGGCUCACAUUAUUUUAACUCAUCGUAUAGGAACUGGAUUCCAAUAAAAGAUGCGUGAUUAUGUCACUGCUUGGAAACCCUACCUCAAAGCUCACAUGAUCAAUAAAAUGGGUUCCACUGUAAGCUAUGUGACUUUAGCAGUGCUCAUAAACUGAACCUCAAAGCCCAGCGGUAUCCUAAGAAUGGCUUAGGAACCAGGGUUGCCAGAUGUUAGCAUGCAAGAAAGCCAAAUUCCGUUCAUGAAAAAAGACAAAGCCUGUCAAAAUUCAAUAAUUGAGAGUCAAUUUAAUUAAAAAAAAAAACAAUUAAUUCAAUUACGAUUUUUACUGUCGAAUGCAAAGAAGAGAAGGAAAAGUCGAAGACUCAAAUUUUGGCAGAAAAGCAUAUCUGACAAUCCUGAUAGUAACUGAAUUACAAUGCCAGUUGUAGUUGUGGCUUCGUGCUUAGUCUUGUCUUCACUGGUAUAGCCGAAACUGAAGACAAUGCACAACCAUGGCAGGGUCUCUCCGAAGAUGUACGGUGUUGAGGGAUGUUUCCAUGUUGGGCUGUUAGCACAGUUGAAGCGGUAGAGCACAUCAUCAGGGAAGAUAUGGCAGUUCCCGCACAUGUUUCUAAUGUUGUUGUUAAUUCUGCUUCUGUAACUGUUCAAAAGUUUAAACUGACCGGAGCAAAGUUGUGCCAGCGUCCGUCAUGCUGACCUCGGAAGUGAUAGUUCAUAUUUGUCUUUUAUUGGUAGAGGUAGCAAAAAAGAAGUGUUGUUGAAGGCCGCUUCGGUAUCAGCAGUGUUCCUUUUCCAAUCGGCUUUUGCAAAGUUUAUUAAGUUGAUUUCUGGUGUUUAAGUAGCCCGAUGGUCUCUGCUUCAGUUUGAUGUAGAUCGGCGGGUGGUUGGACGAUAGAACGGUCUGGUGGACCAGUUCUUAUGGGUGAUCAGGGUGUCGGAGGCAAUCGAAAGGUCGGUGAGGAUGAUUUUCCUGUGGCUGGGAGCCUAGUUGGCAUGUCCAUAUUCAGCGUGACGUGAUCGGAGUCGCCAAUUUCAAUCGCCAAAUCUUCUCCGCAGUUGCCCUUGAUGCUUGAGUACCAGAGUGUUAUGCACGUCCGGUCCAGGUCUCCAAGUAAUAAGAGUUUUAUAUUAGAUGGGAAAUUGAGGCUUUGAAGUUUGGUGGAAAGGAAGAAUGGGGUGGGAUAUAGACUUUAAUGAAGUUUAAAAUCUGAGUUGCAGACCUUGAUGGUUAUGGCUCGUUGUUCGAUUGUAUUAUGCUCUGCUAGUGGUUUACUUGUAAAAAAGACGCUGGUGUGGAUCAGCAUCAUCAGAAUGUUGCCUCCUUCCGUCACCCGAUCUUUACAUGCUAUGAGUGUACAAAAAGUAUUUUACUUGUAUCAUAUACAUAGAUUUUACUGGAGUUCUCUUUAUUUUUUCAGCAUUUGCGUUAGUCCUGUCGCCUUGUGCGGAAGUGAUGUCUUCACACUAUUUCUAUAAACGAUAAACCUAUUUAGUUCAAAUCGUCAAAGAAAAAAUAUUUCUUUGGUUAACUCAUUUGAGAUAGACCUAAUUUAUUUAUAGCAAUAACUUUUUGCUGUCUCUUUCUUUAGUAACUAUUGAAUUUAAUGUACCUAGUCUGCUGUUGCAGAGAGCACCCGCUACUUGCGUUGCCGGUACGGUACUGAAUUAAACGUUUAUUUUAAGUGAAAA